UUCUUCUUUCUCUCUUGUGCUCUCCAUCAGCUCCGUAAGCGCUGCAGCCCUCCUCUGUCCCUGUUUGGCCAGUUGUUAUGGAGGGAAUUCUUCUACACAGCUGCCACCAACAACCCAAACUUUGACCGCAUGGAGGGAAACCCCAUCUGUGUCCAGAUCCCAUGGGACCAGAAUCCAGAGGCAUUGGCCAAGUGGGCUGAGGGUCGUACUGGUUUUCCCUGGAUUGACGCCAUCAUGACCCAGCUAAGACAUGAGGGCUGGAUCCACCACUUGGCCCGACAUGCUGUGGCCUGUUUCCUCACCAGGGGAGACCUGUGGAUCAGCUGGGAGAGUGGUAUGAAGGUGUUUGAGGAGCUGCUACUGGAUGCUGACUGGAGUGUAAAUGCUGGUAGCUGGAUGUGGCUGUCCUGCAGUGCCUUCUUCCAGCAGUUCUUCCACUGCUACUGCCCUGUCGGCUUUGGAAGGAGAACUGACCCAUCAGGAGACUACAUCAGGCGUUACAUCCCCAUCUUAAAGGAUUAUCCGAACAGGUACAUCUAUGAGCCAUGGAACGCCCCAGAGCCGGUCCAGAAGGCAGCCAACUGUGUGGUGGGAGUAGAUUAUCCUAAACCUAUGAUCAACCAUGCAGAGGGCAGCAGGCUCAACAUUGAGAGGAUGAAACAAGUUUACCAGCAACUCUCCCAUUACAGAGGACUCAGU